CUCCCAUGACAAUGGUCCGGCCGAUCCCCACCCCAGCAUCAGGCUAUGGCUUACACGUGCUGUUUCGUGGGGGACCUUCCCUUCACUUCACGAUCACGUUAACGUCUCAUCUGUACACACUGUUUGUAGGCUGUGAUUUCCACUUCCUGCGUUUCUUUACCCACAGCUGUGUCUCAGUCUGUGAUCACGUGUAUUUUCAACCGCUGUUGCACAGUUACAAGUCUCCCUGUGAUGGAAGCUGUGUGAGAACACAGAACGGAGCCCCGGUCAGAGGCCUGGCCCAGGUGGGCAGAGCCGGCUCGCGGCUGGUCUUCUGCGCUACGCCGGCCAAUCUGGAUUUCAUCGCGGGGAAGGUAACAUGGUAACAGACGGCAAAUCCCGUCCACAGAAGCGCUUCUCUGGUCCCUGCUCCGUGGGUCUGGAGAAUUCACUGUGAAAUCCGAAUUUCUCCCUUUGGACUCCACCUCUAUAAAUCACCAUGGGUUUUCACGGAAGCUUUGAAACGAACACCUAAACAUUUCUGCAUGUGCAGAAGUGUGUGUCCAAACCAGAGCUGAUUAGUUACAGUAAAGGGAAGGUGGCUUAGACCAAAAGAGCGAAUCACCCGGGGGCACCGCGCCGUCCGUCUGCCCGGCACAGAGCGGCCCGGUUUCGGCGGCGGCUGUGUCUGGUUGGGGCUGAGUGUGUGCGCUUGGGGUUCUCAGACGGGAAGUUUCCGGCUCUGUGUUAGCAUUGCGCAAUGGGAGCUUUGCCACUAAUUACAGCCCGGCUGGGACGACGACACUGUGAGAAACACUAACGUUGCGGGCGGAGCUUCCGGACACACCUCCGCCACCUUCUCCGACCAGCAGACACUCCGAGCAGGGAGUGCACCCCGACUGCAGGCGCUCCUGCAGCCGCCCAGACGCAGCGUGAUGGGCAGUCACCGUGGGAGACGCCACCCAUGUCCUCCGUAGACCCAGGGGCCUCCUCCGCCUUCAGAUCGUGAGCAGCUUCCAGGCGGACCCGUCCUCAAGGUCACGGCCAUGGCGUUUUAUCCCCUGCAGAUUGCCGGGCUGGUCCUGGGGUUCCUCGGCAUGGCCGGGGCCCUGGGGGCCACCCUCCUGCCCCAGUGGCAAGUGUCGGCCUUCGUGGGCAAUAACAUCAUCGUCUUCGAGCGGAUCUGGGAGGGGCUGUGGAUGACCUGCGUCCGGCAGGCCACGGCCGUGCUGCAGUGCAAGGUCUACGGCUCCCUGCUGGCCCUGCCGCCCGCGCUCGAGGCGGCCCGGGCUCUCAUGUGCGUGGCCGUGGCGCUGGCCCUGCUCGCCCUGCUGGUGGGCGUCUGCGGCAUGAAGGGGGUCCAGUGCGCCCCCUCCAGCGAGAGGGCCAAGGCCCGCCUCCUGGGCGCAUCGGGGGCCCUCUUCCUCCUGGCGGGCGUCUCUGUUCUGAUCCCAGUGUGCUGGACAGCCAGCAUCAUCGUCAGGGGUUUCCACAACCCGGCCGUCCACGUGGCUCAGAAGCGAGAGUUGGGGGCCGCCCUCUUCCUGGGCUGGGCGAGCGCCGCCCUCCUCCUCCUCGGAGGGGGUCUGCUCUGCGGGGUCUGCUGCCGUGCCUGGAAGAGGCGAAGGCACCGCCGUCCGGCCUCCGGACACUGUGCGCCCCACGUAGACAAGCAGAGGGCCGGGGCCACGGCCCACAGGACCUUCACCAGCUACGUCUGACCCCUGCGUGGGGCCCCAACUCGGACAGUGGUCGGUGCAUUUUAUACGGUCCUGCCGGGAACUCUGAGUACGUCGGGCUGGAGACCUGGCCCCGCGCCCGCCCUGGAGCUGAGACUGUCACGGGCGCAGACUUGGCAGUCUGUCUGUCCCCGGGGGUGGGAGUGGAAGGGCUUGCGCUGGGCGCUCUGACGGCCGGUAUUACAUGCGUUUACCGGGGCUGGACCCAGAUGCGCCCUCUUCCAGCCCGUGUAGUCUAGACUCCAGCAGGUCCACGGGCUUAGUAUCAUGAUGGCCUUUUGGGAACAGUCAUAUGUCCUUUACUCAGAAAUCCAAAUUACAUUGCGGUGAAUGAUGCAUAGCAAUAAAAGAUUCUAAAACACGGCCUGGAAUCUUUCCUGGGUUGUUCCUCAGACCAACAACUACAGGGAUGACUUUCUCUUCUCAAACAGUUCACCUGGAAAAAUAAUAGCCAUCAAGUCAGGAUUUCAGUCGACUCUAUAAAAACAUGGAGACGCCCGUUGGGGGAAAGGACCUGUUACCCCUCCAGGAAAGCUAAUGCCGCAACCUCCAAACGCUGUCAGGAAAAGGGAGUUCUUGUUUGUUUUAGGAUAUUUCACAAGAUGGAUUUUGGAGGAUUAGUGUAUACAGUGAAACUUGCUUACAAUUGUAUAUUCAAAACCAGCUUAUAAAUGAGAAGUAACAUGCUUUCAUAACCUGUGGUUCUCGCCCCGGACGGGCCACGCCAGAGGAGGUCCGCGCGGCCUCGGCUCUCCGAGACAGGAAACGCGG